CCGAGCUCGCGCAGUUGUUAGCACCAUUUUGUGAUGAAUGAGGGGAGGGUAGGCCGAUAGAGUUGCAGAUUAUAGUGAAUUGGUGUUAAGUAACCUAUUCUGUGGGAUAUAGUUUUGUUUUUAGUUCUUAAAUAUAUUUAGAAGUGUGACGAUAGUUGUACAAUUUUUGGGCGUCAAAUAGGGAAUUUUUGAGUGGGGAUUUUGUCGAGUCAGUCAGCUUCUUCAGCGACGCGCUAGCUCCACAGCUAACAGAUCUGCCCUGACUCAACUGCACGAGUCGUCCAGAGAAAAGGAGAGAUCCCUGCAAGUCUGAAGAAACAUGAGCGCCCCUUCUUCUCAAAAAGUUGUGCUGAAAAGCACCACCAAGGUGUCCCUGAAUGAGCGGUGAGGCGCUACGCAUCCUGACAGCAUUAUCUCAAGGCCAGGGGGAAAAGCAUACAGAGAUAACUAAGGCAUGAAGCCUCAAGACACGUGUACUAUGGAGGUCAUUGAGGGGGAGACAUCAGAUCUGACAUGGACGCUAGACUGCCCGCACGGUGUGCUCUGCUUACCCAACAUGACGGCGUUAACUUGAGUCUAUGUAAAAGAUCUAAUAAUGUGCCAUGUUUGGCGAGGCGUCACUUGCGUAAGCAGCGCACACCUGGAGGUGAGAGGGUAAUGGUGGUGAGGUAAGCCGACUGCACGAGUUCACUGCAGAAGAGCAUCCUCGGCCAUGGGAAUGAGUUGAUAGUGCAGGAUGCUUCACAAACAUGCUGAAGAAUAAGCAGCCGACAGUGAGUAGCAUCCGGGCGACCAUGCAGCAGCAGCACAUGGCCAGCGCACGCAACCGCCGGCUCGCUCAGCAGAUGGAGAACAGGCCCUCUGUGCAGGCUGCCCUGCAACACAAACAGAGCCUGAAGCAGCGACUUGGGAAGAGCAACAUCCAGGCCAGACUGGGUCGGCCCAUCGGCUCAUUGAUGCCGGGCGGUGGCAGAGGACGAGGUUUUCCCGGAGGAUUGCGUGGAGCUGGACGAGGACUGCGAGGAAGAGUGAGAGGCGGUCCCAUGAGAGGAUCACUCUCUCUUAGAGGCGCAGGUCAAAUGAGAGGUAGGGGUGGUCCUGGACGUAUCGGUCUCCGUCGAGGCAUGCGUCAGCGCGGAGGAGCUACAGGACGAGGAGCUUUGGGUGGCCGAGGCGCAGCACGUGGAGCAGCUGGAGGAAGAGGCCGUGGAGGUCUGAGAGGUCGAGGAGGGUUUGCUGGAAGAGGUCGUGGACGCGGCAGAGGCCGAGGAGCAGGUCGUCCCAUCGUCACACGUGAGCAGUUGGAUAACCAGCUUGAUGCUUACAUGUCCAAGACCAAGGGCCAUCUGGAUGCUGAGUUGGAUGCAUAUAUGGCCCAGGCAGACCCUGAGAGCAUGGAGUAACUGCAACUGAGCUGAGGGCAGCUCCCCAAAGAUCUGCAGAUAAUAGACUGAGUGACAACAGACAGAACCAUUGAAGCUGUUGCUCUUGGACACUCCCUGAUGAGACACUUAAACUUGAAGUUUGUACAAAGUUAUGUAUCCAUCCUAGUUAUGUUCAAACAUCUGUGAGUCACUGCUACUCACAUUUCCUAAACUGAAUACUGUACCGUCAUACAGCCUCGCAACAAGUUGUGGUUCUAAAAGGUCCUCUUAGAAAAGUUUUGGCCGUGAAGUGAAGGAAAAAAUGUUUUUUUCCAUUGAACUAUAAUAAUAGAGAUUGUACUUGAGAUUGGCCGAAAUUCUGAAAAUGAUGCAAUGAAUGAGGAACUGUGAACUCUAAGCAGUGACAUUUGAUCAUCUGGCGGUAAAACAUGGUUUAUAUGGAUGAACUGAUAUUAAUUACAGUAAUGUUCUACAAAUGUCAUUUACCUUUUAUUAUUGUAUUUU